AUGUCAUUUAAUGUAUCUUUAAAAUAUGAGGUCUUCUCAUUCCAUGAAGAAAUUAUAAAAUCAAUUAACUUUUAAAAUUAAGGAAAUGUUUUAGUAUUUUGUAGUGGCUAGGAUAACGAUUAGUUGAAGAUAGUUAAAACUACUAUAAAUUAAGACUACAUGAAUUAGAAUGUUACAAAUAAAGUUGAUUUCUAGCCACUGAAUAUUAGGAGCGUUUAGAGUUCUAAUCUUAUUAAAUGGAGUCCAAACGAUCAGUUUUUGGCAGCUGCUUUUGAAAAGUUAGGAAUUUGGGGAUAUGCAAAUGGAGACAUUUAUAAAUUAAAAGAUUUUAAAGACCACGAGUUAGAAAUCGCAGCAAUCACAUGGGCACCUGAUUCAUCUCGUAUUGCUUCAGGUGGUUUAGAUGGAAAAAUUGUAGUUAGAUCAGUUGAUAUUGCUAAGAAUUAUGAAAAAAUAAAAGAAUUGAGUCAUGAUAAUAAGAUUUUAGGUCUAGUUUGGGAUACAUAUGAUAAAUAUUUAGCAGCUCUAUAUUCAGAUAAUAAUGUCAUCAUUUGGAAGUGUAAUUCAUGGGAAAAGUCAUUUAUUGUUUCUUUGACUUGUCCUAUUUCAUCUGACAUCUCUAAGAUCACUUCAAAAAGAGAUGACAGAAAAAUAGAUUGGUCUCCUGAUUACAGGUAUGUACUUGUUCCUAGUUUAGAUGAUAAAAUUGUGCCCUUUGUGUGUGCUCUAGAUAGAUAAAAAGAUUUUAAAGUUUGUAAAACAUUUAUGGGGCCUUUUUCAUCUAUAAACUGUGUAAAAUUCAAUCCUAAUUUGUAUGAAAAUAAAGAAAGCGUUAUUAAUGUAUUUGCACUUGGAGAUAAUGACGGUAAUAUAUCAAUUUGGGGUAUAGGAGAUGGUUACCAAGCUAAAAAACCUUUCUUUUUGUUUAAAUCUCACCCUAAUGGAAAUGAGUUAAUUGAAGAUAUUUGUUGGAAUGCUGAGGGAAAUAUGUUGAUAGCAACUACAUUAAAAAAGUAUGUGUUUUUAGCUUUAUUUGGAGAAACUGUAUUUGGGUCUAAACUAAGCCCUCAAUAAAAGUAAGAUUUUUUGGAAGGAAAAUAUGGAACAUUGAGAACUGUAGCAGCCACAAAUAUGAAGUUUAAAGUAUUUAAAGCAACAUAGUAAGAAGAGGAAGAGGAAUAAAAAAAUAAAGAAAAGCAACUCUUUGAAGCUAAAGGUGAUAAUAAAUAAAUUGAUUCUAUCCUUGGAAGAGGAAAUAACAAUGGCAAAACAGCUACUUAAUUUGGAAGUUCAAAUAGCACAAAUUAAAAUGCUGAUUAAAAUUAAGAAGUUUUAACAAGUAUCUCAUAUACAGAGCAAAAGACUCUAAAUGAAGGAGGGAAAAAAAGAAUUAUUCCUAGCAAGUAAAUCAUAUCUAAAGUUGUUGUUGAAAAGAAACCAGAAGAAGAACAAAAAAGUAACGAAAAUAAUAAAAUGAUAGAGGAAAAGCCAUUAGAGAAUAAUUAAAAUAUACCAAAAGCAGAUAAUUAAAUUGAUGUUAAAAGUUAAACAUAAUAAAGCAGUUCGAUAUAAGAAAAAGAAUCUAAUAUUGAAGAAGGUAAGGUAAAACCAAUAGAUACCAAUGAUAGCAAGAAAAUGGAAAUAGAAACUAUUCCUGUUCCUUCCAAUUAAAAUUAAAUUAAUAAUAAAGAUGAAAGUAAAAAAAUGGAAGAAGAAAAGAAGCCUUCCUAGCCAACUAGUUAAAAUAACACAAAUUAAACUGCUGUUCAAAAUUAGACAAACCUGAGUACAACCGUUAAGAGCAUAGAUCAUGCUAAAAAAGACUUAAAAGAUCCUAAAAAAUCUUUAUAAAAAACAAAUGUUGUACCAUCUGUCACAGGUUCAAGCACAUAAGGAGGAUCAAAUGCAAAUUAAUCCAAAGACCAAUAAAGCAAAAAUAUUGAAAACGCUCAAUUCAUUGAAGAAUAAGAAAAAUUAUAAGAAACUGUGAAACUUAAAGUUCCUUAACCCAUUCCAAAUAUACAUACAAUGCGUAUUUCAUAAGCUGAAAUUAAAUUUUUGGAAAUUGAAACACCUUAAAAUUAACUGAAUGCUCCAUUAACCACAUAAAUUCGUUGCACAAUCUUAAAAAAUAAUGCUAAAGAGAUAUUAUGGAAUGACUGUAUAGAAGGAAAGCUACUUUUUGUAGAAAUAUAUAAUGAUUAAUUAAUUUACUACACAUCUUCACACUUGCUGUAUUUCGUAAAUUCAUUAAAUGGAAGAAGAAGUGAACUUCCUUUGUUAAUUCCAAAUAUUUGCUGGUUAAAAUUAAAUAAGUCUAACUAAAUGAUGAGUCUUUCUGAAAAUGGUGAUGUUAAAGUCUAUGACAAUAAUAUUAAAAAACUUAUAAUAAACGAGAAUAUUAUGUUCCUAUUAAAAGAAAAUCUAAAAAUGUUAUCUUAGAAUUAAGAUUUACCAGACUCAGGUUCAAAAGAUCCAAUAGAAAAUGUAACACUGGAUAAUAAUGGAGUACCAAUAAUUUUCUUUAAGACUAGGAAUGUUUAUAUUUUUAAUGUUCCAAUGAAAACUUGGCAAAAAAUAGACAACUUUAAUAUAGAAAUAGGGUGCUUUUAUGAUGCAAGUUAACUCUUAUCAAAAGAUAAUAAAGGAGAUAGUAGCGUUGCUGCUAUCAAAGAGGCUGAAGACUUGGGCUAAUUCUUUGAAAAGUUAAUAGAAGUGAGCCCUGGAGAGCUUGAACUAGAAAACAGAAAAGAUGUUAGCAUAGUUUCUAAAUAUGAAGAAAGAUUAAUUUAUCUAAUGAAAUAUGAUGAAAAAAAGAGCUCAGAUGUAUUCAUUGAAACUACUUCAAAGUAUAUUAAAAAAUUAUGCGAUUUAAGGGAAUUUAAUAAAAUAAGAUAAUUCAUAGCUGACUUCUUCUGCAACACAAAUACUUAAGAGUAUUAGUUUAUGAAGAAAAAUAACAUUGACUCAACAAAGCUAUUUAAAAAUAUAAAAAGAAUACUUGACUAUUUCCCUUAUACAAGUGAUUUAUCUUCUGAAAUAGAAGAAAUCAUUUAAUUUAAAGGAAAAUCUAAUUGA